GAAAUAUGAGUAUCAGGAAGUAAAACGCUUUUCAGAUUUUUUUGACUCGCCAAAAUUUAGUACAGUGACUUAAAAAAGUUAUAGGAUCAAAACGCGCAGAUUGCGUUAAGUGAACAGAAUUAUCGCGCGAAAGCGAAAGUGAGCGAGAUCUGCCUGCGAAGUCUCUAAGGUGGGGAGAAGAUGAACCGCGUCCCCCUGCAGCAGCCCCAGACCUAUGGCAAAACAAGGACACGGAGGAGCAGAUUGCUAUCAAACAGUGUCGGCAGGAGCUCUGCGAGAAGAACAAAGAACGAUGGUGUUUGGAGAUCCAGAUCAUGAAGAGGCUGGAUCAUAUCAACGUGGUUGCAGCUCGAGAAGUUCCGGAGGGGAUGCAGAAAAUGAUAGCCAUCAAUGAUCUGCCACUCCUGGCCAUGGAAUACUGCCAGGGUGGAGACCUGAGAAAGUAUCUGAACCUCAUGGAGAACUGCUGUGGAAUGAGGGAAGGCUCCGUUCUGAUUCUGUUACGUGAUAUUUCUUCUGCUCUAACCUACCUGCACAACAAGAGGAUCAUCCACCGAGACCUGAAACCAGAAAACAUUGUGUUGCAGCAGGGAGAAAAGAGAUUGAUUCACAAGAUUAUAGAUCUUGGCUAUGCCAAAGAGUUGGACCAGACGAGCCUUUGCACGUCAUUUGUGGGAACACUGCAGUAUUUGGCUCCAGAGCUCAUAGAGAGACAGAGGUAUACAGUUGCUGUUGACUAUUGGAGCUUUGGCACUUUGGUGUUUGAGUGUAUCACAGGAUUUCGCCCCUUCUUACCAACCUGGCAACCCGUUCCAUGGCAUAAUAAAGUCAGGCUGAAGCACGAUGAUGACAUCGUUGUCUAUGAAGACCUCUCAGGAGAAAUCCGCUUCUCCGAACAUCUGCCCCUGUCCAACAACCUGAACAGUUUGCUGCUUGAGAAGAUGGAGAAGUGGCUUCAGCUGAUGUUAAAGUGGUCUGCCAAGGAGAGAGGCAAGGAGAGCAGCACCACACCCAACAUCUGUUUCACACAACUGGAGCUCAUCCUGCAGCUCAAGCUGGUUCAUGUCUUGAACAUGAUGUCCGCAAAGAUCCUGACAUACUCCGUGGCGGAGGAUGAGACUGUGGGCAACCUGCAGCUGCGAAUAGAGCAGGACACCAACAUCUCGGCAGCCAAUCAGGAGCUGCUGCUCGAGGCGGGGUUGGCCUUGGAGCCUCACGCACUGGCCACGCAGUGUGCCGUGGAUUACAACGAGGUGGAUGGGCGGCGAACCGACCUGCCUCUGGUCUUCCUGUUUGAUCGCUCCUCCUGCACUUAUGAACCCCAGUUUGCUCCUCGAGCUCUGCCUGAAAACAUCAGAUUUGUCCAAUCUGACCCUAAGCGGCUCCUGCCUUACAGCCCUCUGAGGAGAACGUGUGGGCAGGCGUGGCACACGAUCCGCUCCCUGAAGGAAGACUGGCAAAGACUGCAGCAAGGGCAGAAAGCAGCGAUCAUGAGCCUGCUGAGACAUAACUCCUCGCUGUCCAGACAGAAGAAUGAGAUGGUGUCCAUGCACCAGAGACUCACAGCCAAGCUGGACUUCUUCAACACCAGCCUCCACAUAGACAUGGACAAAUACCAAGAGCAGACUGCCACAGGGAUCGCUUCAGACAAACUUCUGGGUGUGUGGAGGGAGAUGGAGCAAACCGCUGUCGGCUGUGGUCAGGCCAAGGUGAGUGAGCUGGAGGAGGAGAUGAUGCAGCUGCAGCCGGACAUCGUGGACGUCCAGAGACAGCCGUGGAGGAGCGGCGAGGCCCUGGACACGCUCGAAGGGAAAGCCAUGGAGCUGUUCCGCAAACUCAGAGAGAAGCCCAGAGACCAGAGGUGUUCCGGAGACAGCCAGGAGCUGGUGCGUCUGGUGGUUCAGGCCGUGCAGUUCUACGAAAAGAAGCUCAGAGAUUUCUACACACACCUCAGUAAGACGGCCGUGUGCCGUCAGCGCGUGAUGGAGCUGCUGCCAAAAGUGGACGGCGUGGUCCAAAAGAUGGCAGAGAGCGAGCAGGUGCUGAUGGGUCUGCAGGAGAGGCGACAGCGGGAGCUGUGGAACCUGCUCAAAGUGGCCUGCAGUAAGGUCCGCAGCCCCGUGAGUGGGAGUCCAGAUGGAUUACGGACCCCUUCGUCUGUGCCCCCACUGCUGACCCCCAGACACAGCUUGCAACAGUUUGAUGAGUCCCUGGUGGAGGAGAGCAGGACGUUCGAGAGUCGCCUCCAGAGUUUGCUGCAGGACACCAUUCAGGAAUCAGAGAGCAGCAUGGAGAUGUUGAGGGACUGGCCGUGGCUACAGGGAGACCAGAACUUUUCCAGCGACCUCUCCUGAGCCGGUUGCACUCGUGGUACUCUACUACCUCUGUGUGGAUGGCUUGUUGAAUUACAUGGGAGUGUGCCACCAAUUGCUCGGCCUGGUCAAUGUGAAUGGAGUUUUUUUUGCCGCUGGCACAUAUUUUCUUGAUGAGAUUUCUCUGACUUUUAAAAAAACCUUUCAUUCCACCAGCACUUGAGGCUGACGCUGUCCCAGUCUUUAAAGGAAGGAUUUAAGUACAUUUAAAGUACUUUUGCAGCAUGUUCCUGCCAGUUUCAGAACAGAAAAUUGUUCAGCAUUUGGUGGAUUUGAAGCACACUUCCCCUGUCCCUGCUCAGUCUUACUUUUUCUCUGAAUGAACAUAACUUUUAAUUUGAUCCGACUAAAUGUUUCAUCUAUCUGAUGAAUUUGUUUUCACUUGCUUAGGAUCAGCUGUGUCAAAUUGAAAGCUUCUUUGAUUACGGUACAUUUUAUAAGUUCAUGGCAAGAGCUGAAGUAAAUACAACAUUUAGGAACACUCUUUUCCAAAAAGAUUUUACAUUUAACCAAAUGUUUUCAUCCCUGAGAAAGAGAUGUCUGCUUUUUGACAGUAGAGAUUCAAUUCCUAAGCCUUUUUACCACAAGUUGGUAAAAAAAAUAAGUUAGGAAUCUUCAUAUUCAUUACUUUAGCCUAAAUGUUUUGGUGAACAGUAGGCAGAACAACGUAAAAAAAAGUUUAACUAAUGUUUCUGUAAUUACGUAUUAACUAAAAUCCGAAAAUGUAUACAAAUGCAAAAUUGUGUUGUAAAUCUAGUCGGAUUAAGUGGAAGCUGGAUGAAAUUGCAGGAAGUGAAAGUGUUCUUACGGUCUAUACGGUUUGAUUGAUCUUGAAAUUGAUAAUUAGUUAAUACUUUACCUCCAUGACAAAAACUGAAAUUCAUCAUUGUACAGAAGUGUCAUAAUUGUGCUUUUAAACUGCCCCUCCAGUGCCCAUCUUCAUCCUGCAGGUAUUUGUGUGUAUAGACUGAACAAAGCUGUUACAUGUUGUCGUGUUUCUGUUCCGUCUCGUGUCACUGUGUACAGACACUUCCCUGUCAAGAUUCUAAUGUCAGAGAAAACAUACCUAUCAUUUGUAAAACAAAAUUGAAUUUUGUAGUUUGUUUAAGAAUUACCUUUUCUAAGAUGACUCACAUUUUUGGAGUGAGAACACUGGCUUUGUUCCCACACUAUGUCAUUCCAAAUAAAAAUACAAACACAAAAGCCAACAAGAUUAUUGUGUUUGACAUUCUUUAUUCUA